AUGGAGAACAGCAAGCCGGUGAAGGAGGUACUCCCCCUGCCUCGCCACCCUACCCCACUUCCUGUGACCUCUCCCUCUCUGACCCCCGCUGCCACUUCAAAGAAAAUCACCCCGGGCUCCAUGCAGCAUGUACAGGUGGCGUCCUCAGUGGUGACAUCGUUCACUUAUCUGAAGCCUCCAGAAAGGGACCUCACCCUGAUGUCCCACAUCAAGUCUAUUAAGUCUCUGAGACAGGCCGGCCUCACUGCGGUCUUCACUGGACAAACGAAGCUUGAGAGUGAGGAGCUGUUGGAGGAGGUACCAAUCAUCGAUGUGAUCCUGGCUGAUGUCGACUCCCUGGUGCCCACUCAUGACGAAGCCGGCCGCCCCAUAGCAGAGUGGAAACGGCAGGUGAUGGUGCGACAACUACAGGUCAGGCUGCAGGACGAGGAGGAACAGAGGAGACAGGGCCUGACUAACGGCUACACUCCAGUGGAUGGCUGGAAGUACUCUCAAACCCACAACGCAGUCUUGGGGCCCUUUGGUGAGCUGUUAACAGAGGAUGACCUGAUGUACCUGCAGCAGCAGAUUGAGACUGUUUCACUGCAGAAGCGCUGCCAGGCCUUUGAGCUGGAGCUGACCAGGUUGACCGAGGAACUGAGGGCCAUUUUACCCGAUCCAAUCGUAAACAUCUCCCUCAACAAAGAGGUCCUACAAAAGAUGGACGCAGAGGGAAAAGUGCACCCGACUCUGCCAGUGUGGUGCAGUCGUGUGUCAGAGAUUGUUCGGAGCAUGUCACUGCUUGUGGCUAAUCUGACCCACACUACAGAAGAAGGGGGUGGAUGUAGGAUUCCUCAUAUAGGGAUGGCGUCUGCUUUUAGCCAUCGUCUGGAGACCAACAGCUACAGCAGAGCACGGAGGGAGAAGGUGGAGCGGGAGAUCCAGCAGUCUGGGGUGUCGGUCAGAAACCUCAGAUCCAAUUUUGAGGGUCAGAUUGGUAGUAUUUAUCCCUUCGCUGGGGUUGUGAAAGGAGGCCAAGGGUUGAACAGCCAGGUUGUGUUUGGAGCUUCAAACAACCAGCAUGCUAACACAGUUCUCAGCUGUGACGUCAGCCUCUGUGAUCCUCCUACGAAACUUAUACCUGUGAUGGAGACGACCAGCUUAAGGAAAGAGCGUAUAGUGGUGCUGUUCCUGAGCCACUGGAAGAAAUCUGCAUAUGCUAUAUCAGUGAGAGCAGCGAGGCAGAGACAGGGACAGGAAGCAGUGUCAGGGAGAGUGACGGGAGCAUCACCCCAACAGAAAAUCACCUCCAUGUUUCAAUUCUGCCAACAACGCGGUGCUGUGGACAAGAUGCUAAACUCCUGGAGGGGUAAACUAGAACUCAAAGACACACCAAAGUCCUGUUUGUCCUCCUCUAACUCCUCAUGGAAUCCACCACAGAGAGUAACCUUCUCCCCGGAGCAGUUCCUGCCAGACGUGGAUGGCGCCGCAGUGACCCACGACAGCUUGACCCUCGAACUCUUCAUGCUGGGAUACUUCCACAUCUUAGAGCAGGAGCUGUCGCCCGAGGAGAGGAAGAUGAGGCAUCUACUCUGCUUCGAAGUCUUUGACCACGUUGGCAGUUUCUCCUGGGAGAUGGUGAGGGACUUCCACAAGGCUGUUCUCCAGGAAAUCCAGGCCGGGAGUCGACAGUGGAGCGACGGCUUCGAGGACAUCAAAGUUCGCUUCUUUGGGGACUCGAGACCCUGCCGCUGUCCCUUACCAGCAUCAUCAUCAUCACUGUUGCCAGAUUCCAGACUCGUGCCCAAAGUUAUAGUUCAAAGUGCUACUCCGGAUGAGUGCGGCAGUGACACGGACUUCUCUUGUUUCAACAAUGAGGACAUUUGUAAAUACAUUGACCGCAGCUUUGCUUUCUGGAAGGAGAAGGAGGCAGAGCUGUUUGAUUUCGAACAUUAA